GUAACACCAUUUUCGGCUCAUAGCAAGACACCCUUUGGUAACACACAAUGGAACUAUCCACCCAUAGCAACACGUUCUAGGGUAGAACAACUUGGAACUAUGAGUUCACGUGACCUCGCGGCCUCAAAGGAAGCCUCCCCUGGAAGACACCCUGUGUUAUCCUUUCACGGAUGACCAUACACACUCUGAGGGAGUAUUCUUUUGGUGCUAUAUAGAAAGCUUCCUCAGGUUCAUAUUGGUUUGCACGAGCUGCAGAUUCUCUUAUGGAAAGAGAAAACAUUGGGCUAUGGUCACAAGCAACAGACUUAGGUGGACAAGAUAAAUCUAAACUUCAUCAAACUAAUAUAGAAACACAGAGAGAUACAUACUGGUUUGCACAAGAUGGGAAAUUACUGAAACCACCUUCAUCUCGCCCCCAUGGGAGGGCUUGUUCAGGUAAAUCAGAAACCAUACAACUUAGUCAAAGUUUCUAUGAUAACAAGAGAAGAUCAUCUUUUGUUGCUGAGGAGCAGAUGGGGAGAAUUUGGGAAGUACAUCAGAGUGUAAGAGAAUCCACUAACAAUAUAAAUCUGGACAAACCAUUAAUAAAAACAGCUAAGGUACCUGAUGUUUCUUCUAAGGAGAAGUUUUCCAGUGAGAGGAUAAGAGAAGCAGUUGGGGAAGCAAUGUCAAAGAGUUUGAAUUACCUAUCUAAUAUAUCACGUGGUCGAAGAAAAACAGAUAUUACUCCAACCGUCCCAUCUCCAUGGGAUCGCGGAAGGACUCCCACAAACACUCCUCCAGGGACUCGCCAUACCAGAGCAGUCAGUAUGUCACGUAUUGAUCAUUUGACUCAAACUCGUCGCUCUCCAAGGGAUGGUGUUGAGGAAAGCCCUGAACAUUCCAGUAGUUCUAGCAAAGAGGAACGAGCAGAGAUUGGCUUAAAUAGCAUACUUAAAAAACCUAGAUCAGCAGCUAGAAAGAUCAUGCCGUCAUCUCCCUCCCGAUUGCAGGGCAGCAUACAGAGCUCAAAACCAGCAGAAAUGAAACAACAAACUCCUGUUACUCUCAGACCUCACAGCAGCCCACGACAACCACGUCCAUACAGCAUUGCUGGAACAAGACCAGCACAUGGGGAAUUAUCUACAAAUGCUUCUACUGCUGGUUCAACCAAAGUUCCAAGGGUUAAGAGUGCUGGAACAGUUGGUUUUGUUAAUGGAACAAAGAAAUCAGCUGCAAUACGCAAAAUUCCUCUCCAAACACAGAAAAAAUUUGCUGAUGAUGAAAAAAGAGAAAAGGUUGUUUCCUCAGACCUCUUUGAACAACAAGUUGAAAAAGUCCUCGAGGUAUCAACAACUUCAAAACAUGAUCGUGAGUUGUCAUUUGUUGAGGAACCAACUGUAGCUACAUUCACACCACCUUCUACCCCUAAACCUCGUAUCAUUUCUGAGGAAGAAGCAAAAGCAAUUCUUGCUGAAAAAAGACGGCAGGUUCGAGAACAAGCCGAAAGAGAAGCCGAGUUGGAAAGACAGAGGUUGGCAGAAAUAAGGCGACAGGAAGAAGAGAAAAGGCAAAAAGUAGAAGAACAACAACGUCGAUAUGAAGAAGAGCAACUUCGGCUUGCCCAGGAACAUCGCCACCAAGAAGAAGAAAAACUAAAAAAAGCUAUAUUAGAAAAACAAAAACAAGAAGAAGAAGAAUGUAAAAGAAAAGAAGAAGAAGAGAUACAAAGAAUAGAGAAGGAAGAGCAAGAACGAAAAGCUCGAGAAGAAGCCGAUAAACUUCAAAAAGAACUAGAAGAAAGACACAGACAAGAAGAGGCAGAGAGAGCAGAAAGAAAAAAGCGUUUGGAAAAAAUAAUGAGUCGAACUAGGUCACGUUCCAGAGGAGAUAGUCCCAAUCCACCUUCCAGAACCUCCACACCUCCUCUUGUGGGACAUAAACUAGUAGCUGGGCUUCCUUUUGUGAAGCGAAUUCUAGGAUUAGGGCAUGAAACAAGUGAUAAAGUUAUGUCAGAGAAAAUGAAAGGACAUAAGACAGGUGAGGAUUGUGUGGAGAGCACAGGAGUUACUACUGCACCCACAUCACAAGGUGUUGUACAGAAUGGUUUGUCUGAACAUACAGAUUCAAAUAAGGAAGUACCAACCAGCAAAAAGCUUGAAGACUCCAUGUUAAGUAUAGAGAAGCAGAAGAAAGAUCAGAUUAACCUACUUGGAAAUGACAUUGCAAAACAAGAUUCCAAAGCAAGUGAUACAGAAACAUUUGAAAAAGACAUGGAAUAUGGAAGUUUCUCAGACCAGAAGGCCCAGUUGACCUCAGACGAGCUACCCAACUACCGUAUGAUUGAUCAAAAUCUAGCCAACAUUACAAGUACUACUGGUGCUAACCAGAACCAAGUAGGCAAUUUAUUGACAAAUGAAGAUGAUGUAAACCAAAAUCGUAUGCCAGGAAACCCACUGAUACAAUUUGAAGAGAAGUUUCCUAAAAAACAGGAGGCAGAUCUUCUUUCCUAAGGAAAUGAGACAUGUAAUGACUGUAGACUUUGCUAAAAGUCAGCUCUAGAUGUGAAGAGAAGAACAGCUAUCACUAGUAUUUUGAUCAAGCACCCAUCUAGCAUUAGGUCAUCUCUGUUUUGUGUAGUUAGCAUUAAAAGUUGCUCAUUCAGAAGAUAAUAUAUAUGUAAGUUAAUGUUUAUGUGAAAUGUAGAUUAAAGCACCCUCUUUUAGACUUAUAUAAACUAUGAUAAAACCCUUAUAUUGCUGUGUUAGUAAACAAAUUUACAGUUUAUAGCAUUUUAGUGUUGUGAUUAUAGAAUUAAUCUUAGUGCUUCUUAGUUGUAAGAUUUAGCUUCAACAAAAAGUCAUAGUAUAGCUAAUAAUAAGCUUUUCCACAACCCCAGUAAGCCUAACUGAUGUAUACAUUUGAUAUUUGGGGAGGUACUGACUUUAAGCUUGUAGCAUGGGAUUACACAACUUGCCUUACAAGUUUACUUUGUAUAUACAUGUAUAGUAAGAUGGGUUAGAACUUGCCAACUGUGAUUGACAUAGCUUUUGCUUAUUUUAUUUUUGGAAAAAAUAUUCUAAAAUCAUAUUUACUGCAGUGAUUUUUUUGAUACAAUAAAAUUCAUGACUUUACGUAUGUGUAUGUGUGUGUGUUCAGGAUCAAUUUAAUAUCCUAAAAUUGGUUUGUUAUAAAUUAUAUCAAUUUACUUUUAAUUUUGUUCUCAUGACCUGUACACAUUUUUUAACACUAUGACAUUCUACAGUUAUGUCGGUGAUGUUGUUCUUUAUAAGUUUUUUUUGCUUACCAAAAACAUCCUUUAAUUUAUAGUGAAAAAAUAGGUACUUAAUUUAUGCCAUUUCUUGUUCUGAUACAUUUUACUUAAAUUGCCAAACAUUGGUUUUUUGUAAAGUAAUGUUUUUAUACAAUAAGGUUUUCAGUUUUCUAGAUUUAGUAUAAUUCAUUUCAGUGUUUUUCUCCAUGUUUAAUGACUAAAUGUGUUUUUGAAAUUUGUGUUGACUUUGAGGUUGACAUAUAUAAGAGGUUUCGAGUGUUUUGGUAUAAAUCUCAGUGUAUGGUCAAAGGCUUUCUUUAGUGCAAAAACAUUACUGAUUAACACUUAUAUAGAUGCUAGUAACCUGUGUUCACACAUAUUAACUAGAAACUUCCAGUUGCUGAGUCAGUUAUUUGGCAUCAAACAUGUGGUUGCUAGUAAAUAUAUUUGUACAUUUUGAAGAUGUAAUAUAAUCAGUCACCUUUAGAUUUUCAUAUAGGUGGGACACAAAUCAUUAAAUCUAGCUGUUUGCCAGUUAAUUAUAUUUAAAAUGAACUAUAAGACACUAUGUAUUUUUGUUGCAAGAUAUUUGUUUGGCUUGUGAUAUAAGAAUUAGAGUUAAAUAGAAGUUUUGAAACCAAGAUGAUUUCUGAAAGGUUACUCAAAGGAUAUGUAUUACUGAAACAUGAGAGAGCUGAUUAAAACCUUCAUAACUUACAUCAAGA